CGCACGGGACGGGCAUGCCUCGAGGAGGAGAGCGCACCAUCUAACCGUCAGCUUCGUGGAAAUAUGGUGGUGCUGGGAGCGGAGCAUGGAUGCCGUUGAUCCGUACAGCCGACCGGCGCGCAGGACGCAAUGGAUCGUCAGCACGCUGGCUUACCACUACGGCCUGGACCGCGGCGUGGAGAACGAGAUCAUCGUCCUGGCCACGGGGCUGGAUCAGUACCUGCAGGAGAUCUUCCACCACAUGGACUAUCAGGGGGGCGGCAGGGUGCCCGUGGAGGACUUUAACAUCCUGUGUGAGGUUCUGGGACUGUGCAGGGACUCGGAGGACACGGAGAGCGCCGGCGUCCUGGACGAUCUGCCCAGCGAGCUCACGUUCCGCCACUUCCACGCCAAACUGUGCGGAUACUUCAGCACCAAGGCGGGCUGUCAGUAUGAGAACGGCCGGCUGCUGGUGGGGAAGGACAGCGAGCACAUCGAAACCCAGAUCCGCCUGCGGAGCCCCCUGAAGCGGCGCGAGAAGCUGCUGUCCGUGGGAGCGAGCAGCGGCGGCGGCGCGUCCUCUCCGCCCUCCCCGGACGCGCGGCACGCCUCCGGCUGCAGGCUCGGCUCGUGCACCCGGGAGUGCUAUGAGGAGAUCGUGGCCCUGGAGGAGGCGGAGGACCGGAUCUCCAAGCUGGAGGACGAAAACACGAGUCUGCGGGAGCUGAUCGAGGACAUGCGGGCCGCGCUUCAGAGCAGCGAUGCCCGCUGUUUGGCUCUGCAGGUAGGGCUGUGGAAAAGUCACUCCAAGCACAGGUCAGAAGACGGCUGCUUCAUCGCUCGCCAGAAACAGGCGGCCCAGAAAAGUCUUCCCAACAGCAGCGUGAAAAGCGGCGCCUACAGCAACCUGAAGAGCCUGCAGAGCAUCAUCCAGGAAGUAGAACUGCUGCGCAGCGCCAGGGAUCGGCAGGUGGAGGAGGCCAUGCUGUGCAGUCAGAGACUGGAGCAGGAGCUGUGGAGCACUAAGGAGACCCUGGCAGCGCUGGAGGACUGCAACCGAGCUCUGAAGAGGGAGCAGGCGGCCAUGAGGAGGAAGGUGGAGGAGGCCCGGCAGGCGCUGCUCAGUGGACUGGGGAAAGUGAAGGAGCUGGAAGUCAAGGCCAGCCACGUACCGGCGCUGCAAAGACACAUCGUCCAGCUGGAAUCUGAGCUGCUCUACCACAGGUCUGACGGGUCGAAGAGCGGCGCCAGGGCCGAGCAGCGGCAGACGGCGACGGGCAUGUCGAGCCAGCGGUGCUGCUCGGGUAGCCAGCACGACCGCCGCUCCCCGACGGGCCGCGCCGUCACCACGCCGGACAAGAUGGAGGAGCAGCUGUUCCGCUCGGUGGAGGGGCAGGCGGCCUCGGACGAGGAGGAGGACAAGUGGACCGGAGACCAGCAGAGGCAGGUGGACGAGGUGAAGAGGAUCCUGACCAGGCUGGCGUGCUGCGGAGAGAGGAGUGACGACAAGGCCUUCAGGAGGCUGAUGUCCAGCUUCGGCAGCUCGAGGAGCGCCGAGACCUGCAGCGCCGUGCUGGAGCUGCUGGAGCGGGUCACCAGGCUGCACAAGCAGCUGGAGCUCAGGGAGAGCCAGGCGGAGGAGGACAUGGAGCAGAUUAAAGACUCGCUGAUGCAGGAGCUGCAGCAGAAGGCGGAGGAGACGGAGCUGCUUCAGAUGGAGCUGCAGAUGCUGGAGACGGAGCGGGUCCGCCUGUCGCUGGUGGAGGAGAAGCUGGUGGACAUCCUGCAGCUCCUCCAGCAGCUCAGAGACCUGAACGUCUCCCGGCGGUCCCUGGGGAAAAUCCUGCUCAGCACGCUGGAGUCCUGCAGCGACCCGCAGCACGGCAAAGCCCACAUCCUGGAGGUGCUCAACGCCCUCUAUCACGAACUGGCUGCCUGCGAGAUCCUGUCCUCCUGCGGCCCUCUGGAGAGGACGCCCAGCCAGCAGUCUCUCAACGCGCUCGUCAUCUCCUGCUGAACAAUGCUGCCCCCUGCUGGGCUCCACCUUUCUCCGGGACACUGGAACCCUGACAGGGGUCAAAGAUCAGGUGUACGAAUGUGUAUAGUGUACUAUAAUGUAGCUUAUUUACUCCACUCACCUUAUGGCCUGUAUGCUAAUGUUAGCCUCUCGUCUGCUUCCACAGCUGCAUUGCACAUAAGUUCAUGACUGAUUCAAGGUUUUUUUCUUUCCUGAAUAGAUUUCUCAAUGUGAAAAUGUUGGAAUAAGCUCAUCUGCAAACUGAUCUGCAAACAAAGUUUCUCUAUCAAAUGUUUGCUUGUUAAAAAGUGAACAUCAUUCCUUCUCAGUGGAGAGAAUGUAAAGCCUCUGCACAGUGCGGCAGUGGUUAGCACGUGCUGUCUCACAUUGGGAAAGUUCGGGGUUUGAGUCUGGCUUGGGCCCGGGGGCCUUUGGGUGUGGAAUUUGUUGGAAGUGUUACAAGCCUCACGUCCCCCAGUUUAUAGAGUACUUAUCUCAAAUUUUACAUCCAAUCAGUAAACAGUAGUAAGACCAUGUACCUAUUGGUUUGCUACGUUUUCCUCAGCUACUCUUCAAAUUAUUCAGAGCAGUCCAGGAUGCCUCGUUUAUUGAGUUAAUCGAUCUAAUUUAACCACCAGUUAGUGUAACCUGACAUAAUAACCAAAGCUAACCAGGGGUCCGUUGUUCUGAGGAGAACUCGGUGGAUCCAUGUAGUUUUGUUUCUACCUCUAACAGCUCAACAAGGCUGUUCUGUUAUUACAUUUAAACACGUUCAGUAACAGGAAGUGGCUAAAAUGUAUCUGAACUCUGUCUAACUUGGACAUUUGAAAGCUUCUCUAAGGCUCUCAGACAUUAAUAUAACGCCAAUCAGCCGAACAGUAUUUUUGUGUGAAUUGUCAUUUCCUGAUAACUGACCGUCUGUUUUCAGUUUAAUGCAGACUUCAUUAGCCUAGCCUACGUAGCUGGUUAGCUAAUAAACAGCAGUAUUAUUCAUGUGUUGAAGUUUACGGACUUUACGGCAUUAUUUAAUCCACAUGUCGGCUUCAUGACAUUAUUUUCAGUCUUGUUGUCGUGCUACCACUACCGACUGGGAAACGGGACUUUCUCGACUAGUGCCUUUAGGCGUUUCUCGCUGCAUGAACCACCUGCUCCUUUUUCUUCUGCUGAUCUGAAGAUACGUUCACUGCUCCCAUUUGUGGUACAAAAUAACAAGACAUGGCAGACUGCAACAUACCAGGGUUACUUAACCUGCUUCUUUUGAUACAUAUCUGAGAAGCAUCGGUGUACUAUAAAUAAAAAAAUGGAGAUUGUUCACUCACAUUUGGUUUAUUAUGUUGUACUGCCUUGGGUUAAUUAAACAUGUAUAUUUUACUUUUAAUCGAGCUCCUCUCCACUACUCAUGUUGCUGCUCGGUAUCAUUAGUACUCACACUCGUAGCUCCUUGUCCUUUAAAGAAGUGGUAUCUGUACAUUCCUACUCUAAACCACUGAGACUAUGACUCAGGUUUGACCCUUGAGGUUCUCUGAGAUCGUUUCACUCUUCAUUCUACACAGCCUCAUAUUUCUCACGGGACCAUUUUGUACCAAACUGCGUUCAGUUGUGAAUAAUAAAUGU